UCAAGGGAGACAACUUCUAUUUCGCUAUACUGCGUGUUUUUCAAUAUGUCACUUUUAAUUGAUGCUAAAUACGUCGCAUGUUUUCAUUUCGACUGCGUUACAAAUUAAUUAAUGUUUUUUUUUUUUUUUAAGGAAUCAAUAAGAUUUAUAGCAUACAAUGCAUAAGACCCAGAUGUAAUCAUUACACAUUACAAGAUGAGAUGGCAACGCUGGACUAUUUGUCUUAUUUUUGUCUCUGUCUGUGUCAUACUUGUCUACUACUCAAAUGUCCCUGAAAAUUCAACAUUAAAUAAGCUUCAAAGUAAGCCAUAUUCUUCCGCGUUCCAUUUUUCAUCAGAAGCAAAUGAACUAGAUUCAAAGUUUCUAACAUGGAGAAAAGAGGCUUCUAAGAGGCAGCAAAGUUUUUUGGAAAGUCAUCAGACAGCAGAAAAGAACACAGAUGUAGGCCUUAUGGAAAGAAUUGGAAUUAUCCAUGGAAAAGACAAUGAAAUAGAACGGAGUGAAGGUUAUCGUCUCUAUGCUUUCAAUGUAUUGAUAAGUAAUCGAAUUGGCUUGAUCAGAAAUUUACCAGAUACUCGUCCCCCCGAGUGUCCAAAAGUAAUCCAUUUACAAGUGCCACUCAAAGCAAGUGUAAUUUUAUGUUUCUAUAAUGAAGCACGAUCAACUUUAUAUCGGUCAGUUAAUACUGUGAUGAAAAGGUCUCCUCCGGAAAUGAUUCAUGAAAUAAUACUUGUUGAUGACUUCAGCAGUCAACCUGAUCAUACUGACCUGAAAGAGAUAUUUCCCAAUGUGAAAGUUUUCAGAACAACAAGACGUGAAGGUUUAAUCAGAGCACGUUUAUUUGGAGCUUCAAAAGCUACUGGUCAGGUUCUGAUAUUUCUGGAUAGCCAUAUUGAAGUAAAUGUUGGUUGGUUACCUCCACUUCUAUCUCCUAUCGCCAAAGAUCGUAAAACUGUUACCAUCCCAUUUGUAGACACAAUCAACUGUAAUACAUUUGAUUAUACUGCGUCACCUCGGGUACGUGGUGGUUUCAACUGGGGCUUACAUUACCAAUGGGACCGAUUACCACCAAAGUUCGACAAAGUCUCCCCUGCUGCACCAAUUCCAACACCAACAAUGGUUGGAGGUUUGUUUGCCAUUGAACGUGAUUACUUUAAUGAGAUGGGAAAAUAUGAUGCUGGCAUGGAUCUUUGGGGUGGAGAAAACUUGGAAAUCUCAUUUCGGAUAUGGAUGUGUGGUGGUCAUCUCGAAAUAAUUCCAUGUUCCCGAGUAGGACAUGUUUUCCGAAAUCGUCGACCUUAUACUUCUCCAAGAGGAGAAGACAGCAUGCUGAAGAAUUCAUUACGUGUUGCUCAUGUUUGGCUGGAUGACUAUAUUAAAUUCUUCUUCAAGACUAAUCCUGGAGCCCGCAACAAUGUAAACUAUGGAGACAUUUCUGAAAGACUGUCUCUGAGAAAAUCUUUAGAGUGCCAUUCCUUCAAAUGGUAUUUAGAAAAUGUCUAUCCAGAACAGAUCCUGCCAGAUUCUGGUAAAAAAUCACCCUUUCUUUUAAAUAUACCAGUCCAUGCAAGACCUCUGAAGCCAAAAGCUGUUGACAAGAUUGUACAUAUUGCAUCAGGCUUAUGUAUUCAGUCAGCUCAGGAAAUAUAUACUAAGCAUUCAAAGCUGAUUUUAGCUAAAUGUGAUUCCAACUCCAAAAUAAAGAAGCAGCAAUGGUAUCAAACAUUUGAUAAUGAACUGAAAUUAGCUAAUAAGUUAUGUCUGGAAAUCAAUGAUGUUGGAUUCAAGAAAAGCUUUCCAAGGUUAAUGAAAUGUCAUAAUAGUAGAGGAACUCAAGAAUGGAUGUGGUUCAAUUCAUCUGCACCAUCAAUGCUGUACAAUGAAGCCAGUGGUAAAUGUCUUUCUGCUAACCCCAACAAAAGUAUUCCAUACUUGGAACUCAACAUCUGUGAUAACCAAAACCCAAACAUGAAAUUUGCUUUUGGUUUCCUAAUUGAUUAACAAAUUUUUGUCAUUUUUUUUAUAUUUCUUAAAAAUCAUGAUUUUAAAAAUCUGGUCACAAUUACUUCAUAUUUUCCUAAAUUUUAUAUUUUUGCAUCCUUUUACUUUUUCAGUCAUUGGACUGCAGCUAUGCUAGUGCACUGCCUUGAAGGGUUUAGACUAACAAAUAAACCCCAGUAUUUUUUUUUUUUAGUUUAGUAUUUAUUUUCUUUGUCUCUUAAUGCUAAACAUAACCAAAGCAACAUUGGUUAUCAAAUGGUGAUGAGAAACAAACUCAAAGGUACACACACACACAUAGGGAAAAGAAGUUGAAAAUACAAUUUGAGUGUAUUAGGUAGUUUGUUUUUAAGGCUUAGCCAGUUUCACAGAUUUUUCUAGUUUUCAGUAGUUAAGUGAGAUUGAAAGACAUGGGGCUAUGUCACAACUGUUAUGGUUCUGACUGGAGUUCAAAAAUUUUGUUGUUUUAACAGAGAGAACAUGGCUUGAAUUAGUAUGUGUUUAGGAUACAAUUUGAUUGGCAAAGGAUGGUCACAUGAUUAGAUUUUAACAUUUUUGUGAGUUCCCCACUACAUACAUAUAUUAAUGUCAUGUAACAGUAUUUUUAGUGCCAUAAGUUAUGGCUAAAAGAGUUGAGUAAAUGUGCCUAGAGACUUGUGUCUAGGGAAUUGCAUCAGCUUUAUUAAAGACAUAUGUGCAAAAAAUAGGUCCGCCAAAUUCCAAGUCUUCCCACUUUACCUGUGUUCAGUCAAUACCAUAGAUCAAACACAAAUAAACAAAGGAAAUAUAUUCAUACAAAAAUACAAAUCAAGACUGAAUAAACUUUAACCCUUUCAACUACUCAUGCACAAACUCACUUGACAUUGAAUUCACACAAUUAAUAACCUAAACUUUGGAUACAGUCAUGACUUUUUCUCACAUGGCACUAACACAAAAAAUGUAUGUUUACAUGCAUAUGUACAAAUCAUAACCAUUUAGCCACUGGAAUACAUACAAACAACUUCUAUCCAUGCUACCAUUUGACAGAUUACAUUUAGAGAGCCCUGAUUGUUUUGGACUGUCAGUAGACACAUUCAUUUAACCAUGUCAGCCAUAACUUACAUCAUCAAAAAUAGUGUCACAUGACAUUAAUACAUUUCUAAGCCUAAUCACAUUAUCAUCCUUUACCAAUCAAAUUGUAUCCUAAACAGAUACUAAAUUGAGCCAGGCUCUCUCUAUAAAAUCAAGAGAAUUUUCAAACUCCAGUCAGAAGCAAGACAGUUGUGGUGUAACCCCAUAUCUUUCUAUUUCACUUAACUUCUGAAAAUCAGAAAAAUCUGUGAAACCAGUCAAGCCUUUAAAAAUACUCGUAGCGCAUUUUCAACUUCUUGUUUCUAUAUUUUUACCCAUAUUAUAUAUAUAUAUCUAUCUGUGUGUGUGUGUGUGUGUGUGUGUGUAUAUAUAUAUAUAGUUUCCAUCUACCAAAUUCCAUUUGACAAAGGGCUAUAGAAGGUGCCAUGUGACUGAAACCAAAACCAUGUUGUUAAGUAAGCUUGCAACUAUAAUAUGCCUGCAUUUAUCUUAAGUGAAAUUUUUACUGAAGUUUUUGUCAUUUUUUUUAUGUAAUCAUAUAAUUUUUGUUGCUUUUGAAGGAAAACUAGAAAUUGCUAGCUUUCCUUCAAAUUUAUCUUCUAUGCAAAGUGAUAUGAAUUUUUAAUGCUCUUAGUACACAUGGUAGCCAAAAAUCGAAAUGGCAGGUAAAUUCAUAGCAUAACUAUGAAACUAUUUUUAUCAUGUUGUUGGCUUUUCUUGUUUUGGGGAUUUUUUUAAAAGCUGAAUUACAUCGAAUUCUCAUUAACACUAUAUUCUUUCUAUAAUGCUAACUGAACAAUUAACUUUCUUAAGAAAUUUAUUUUGGAGAAGAUUUUCAACUACUCAAAACCCAAUGUUUAGUGUAAUCUCUUUUACAUUAAUAGAAAGAGAUAUUUGGCUGUCUGCAAUCUCUCACCUGUCAAUCACAUUGAAAUAUGACUUCAUAGUAAAAGAAACUGACCUUCUCGUGCACUCUCACUGUUCCUGUGUUAAGUAGCUGUAGGCAUGGCCCUUGCACCUAUGACCCAGUAGAAAAUAACAGGAAGGAGAGGGCUGCAUCUCUCUAACCUGCAAGUGGAAACAAAGUUUAUUUGAAGACAACCUUAAAGUGUUAUUUAU